AUGUCCUCCCCGUCAAUGGCUCAGGAAGUUCGCACAUCAGCGCCACCCCCUCUACCGGCGCUUCGGGUGGCCCAGCGUCCUGCUGCCACAGAAGCAGUUGAGGAUGUACUCUACGGAUCGAUCGCAGGCAUCGUUGGAAAGUACAUAGAAUAUCCCUUUGAUACAGUAAAGGUUCGAUUACAAUCGCAGCCAGACCGACUGCCGCUCAGGUACAAUGGCCCGCUGGACUGCUUCCGCCAAUCCAUCCACGCCGACGGAGUCCUGGGACUGUACCGUGGCAUCACGGCACCUUUGGUUGGGGCAGCAGUGGAGACAAGCAGUCUAUUCUUCUUUGAAAGAGUAGCACGUGAGCUUGUCUUUGUCUCUGGAUAUUGUGCGCGCGGCGAACUGCUGCCUUUGCCUGCUCUAUGGGCUACCGGAGCCAUGUCUGGAGCCUUUACAUCUUUUCUGCUCACCCCUAUCGAGCUAGUCAAGUGCAAAAUCCAAGUGCCUGAUGUCGGUGCUCGAAGGGCGCCUCUCAAGCCCCUUGCCGUGAUACGGGAUGUGUUCCGCCACCAGGGGCUCGCCGGGUUUUGGCGUGGACAGACGGGCACGCUGAUUCGAGAGGCGGGAGGCUCCGCCGCCUGGUUCGGUAGCAAGGAGACCACGAGCAAGCUGAUGCGUGACCACAACGUGCGCAACGCUGCGAGUGACGCCGAGCGGCAAGCUCUCCGCACCAGCCCGUUGCCUCUGUGGCAACAGGCGUUGGCAGGCGCUUCAGCAGGAAUGUCAUAUAAUUUCUUGUUCUUCCCGGCGGACACAAUUAAAUCGCGGAUGCAGACCGCUCCAUUUGGCCGGUCGACGGCCAACCACACCUUUUGGAAAGAGACCGUGUCACUUUGGAAUCAGGCCGGCCUAAAAGGAUUCUACAGAGGCUGCGGCAUUACUGUUGCUCGCUCUGCGCCCAGCUCGGCUUUUAUUUUUAUGGUAUAUGAUGGCAUGAAGACCUACAUACCACUUGCUUGA